ACUAGAGGGGGAGGCCAAUACCCAAUACACACCAAAUACAAGAGAGAAAAAGCAGGAAAGCUCAUCAGAGAAAGACCAGCAGCUGACAAAUCUGCCUGCGGAUAUCCAGAUAAACAAGUCUGAGAGGAAGAACGAAGCCAUCCAAAAUGUAGAAACUCAAGAUGACGGCCUCCAAAGUGAAGAUGCAAACAUCCAAGAUGUAGAAACUGGAGAUGAUGGCCUCCAAAGUGAAGAUGCAAACAUCCAAGAUGUAGAAACUCAAGAUGAUGGCCUCCAAAGUAAAGAUGUAAACAUCCAAGAUGUAGAAACUGGAGAUGACGGCCUCCAAAGUGAAGAUGUAAACAUCCAAGAUGUCCGAGAGGAAAAAAAAAGCAGGUGGAGGAACUUUCUUAAUUACCUAAGAAGACAAAAGAAACAACUUAUAACUAUAGUUACAAUUAUUUUUAUAAUAUUCUCCUUUUUUGUUUUUGUAAUGUUAGUUUUGAUCCACCCUUGUUUUGGUGAAAUUAAUCACAGUAUACAGGAGCAAAGGGUGAUCAGUAUAAAAGUCAUGCAAGAAGUAAAUCAUCUCAAGCAAGCUUUGUACCAUUCUUCACAAAACGUAUCCAGAUUGGAAAUCGAAAACAGUCAAUUGAAACGGCAUCUGAAUGCCACUUUGGAGGAAAAAGCGGAGCUUCAGCUAACUUUAAUCCAACAGAAGGACAGAAACAGAAAGAUGCUUGCAAUUUUGUCCUCCAACAAGCUGUCCUUUAUUUGGAGUGUGUGUCAUAAGGACACACUGCAGUGCUCAAGCUGCCCUCCCGGCUGGACCGAGCAUUCUCUACGCUGCUUUAUGAUCUCUACGACAGCCAAGAAAUGGGAGGAUGCUCGCAGGGAAUGCCUUGAUAACCAUGGAGACCUAGCAGUUGUUGUCACUGCAAAAGAUCAGGCUUUCCUAACAAACUUCACCAUCCAGUUUGUCAGGAGGAACCCCCAACUGGACUUCCAUUCCGCGUGGAUUGGGCUGCAGGAUAUGGUGCAGGAGGGGACCUUUAUAUGGGUAAACGGGGAGAAAGUCAAAUCUAAUUUGUCAUACUGGAGGGAAAUGGAGCCAAAUAAUGCCAUCGCCUCAUGGGACGCAGACUCGUCGGGGCAAGACUGUGUCGCCAUCGUACCUCCAAAAUCCAGCUCUGGUACCAAAUGGCUCAACUCCUGGGAUGACAUUAUAUGUGGUGGUAAACGACAUUUCAUCUGUGAGGUCCCAGCUUUGGUUUAGCUUUGACAGACUGACCUCCACAAAGCCAACUGGGACUGAACUCUAUAUAGUUGUGGAAAUACCGUCAUUCCGUGAUUUUGUUGUUGUUGGUUUAUGUCAACCAGUUGUUGCUGGAUUUUUUUUAUUUGUUAUUUAAGUUGUUUUAAAACUUCAGGUCUGAGUUUUAUUGAUCAAGGGUGUGCGACCUUAAACGCUAAAAGAGUGUCCAGGUUUUUACUGGGUAUGACCCAGUGAUCACCAUUUAUGCAUUUGUGGCCUUUAAGUCAUUCAUUUAUAACAUGUGGCUUUUAAAAUAUUACAAUUACUCAAUCAAGUGUUUUUCCAUUUGUAACUUUUUUUGACAGCAGCACAAACAAGUGCCUUUCAAAAUAAAAUACACUGUGAUAAUUAAGAUCCUUCGGCUGUAGAUCCACUUAAAUGUAAAAUACUGAACUGUUCUUCUGAGGACUAUGCCUCUAAACAACUACACUGUUGUGCAACGGGAGGUAAACUAUAUAUUCUUUUUAACUCAUUCUAAUAAUAAUAACCAAAUUGACAGUUAAAGAAACCUUUUCUCUUCAUCUAACUUAGCUAUGACACUAUCCACCUUUUUUGUUUUUGAAGUACUGUUAGUUUUUUUAAGUUUAAGGUCUUUGCUUUUCUUUUGUUGCACUUCCUCUGAACCUCAUGUUCUUCUCACCUCUUCAGAUUCACAGUCAGUGUGAACGGAGACCGUUCCCAUCUCUUUAGCAUCAGUCAGUCACAGUUGAUAUGUUUUCAUUUUUUUUCUGAAACUGUCAGAAACAAAGGAAAAAAAGUUUUGAAGUCACAAAGAGGGUCAUAUUUUGCUAUUGUUUUUUGUCAUUAGAGAUGCAAAAUAAAAAUAAAUCAUUCUCAGUUCCACUGGA